AUGCCGCCUCAUUCCACUACGGGGCUCAGGGGGCUACAAUGGACCAUCAGGGAUCAUUUGAGUUAUCACCAAUUGGAUAGAUUCAAGACGCUUUUAAAUGAUAGAAUUACUACCCUUCACGGUAUAAAUCAUUUAAAUCUUGGUGAAAGUUUACUGUAUUUUAAUCCAUUACUAAAGCAGCUAAGCAGUGAUGGAUAUUUGGACUAUCAAAGCCCUUCCCGAUUGCUUUCCAACGACUCCAUUACCUGGAAGAGACGUGUAUGGGCUCAAGGUGAGUUAGAAUCGCUGAAGCCCUUAAUGAUGGAUCAAGAAUACGUUUGUCAAGAGAGCAUCAAAUUCGUGAAAAAAAUUCGUACUGAUUAUUUUGUAUGCAUGCAAAGGUCCAUAUUGUCAUUAGAAGGUGAACUAAACCUUCGUGAGCUUAGAACUCUGGUAUAUACCAAUUCGCCCGUGAAUGAUAUGAUUAAACCAGAUCAUUUGCAAGGUCAAGUUAUUAGCCAAUUCAAGUUUAGUGAAAUGGAUAUCAUAUCCUAUACUCUAUUGUCGUUAAAUUCACACAAGGUUCAUUGGGACAAGAAUUAUUGUCAAGACGUUGAAGGUUAUAGAGAUAUUAUAGUCCAAGGACCUUUUGCAGUACAAGUUUUGAUGGCAUUUGCACACUACCAUUGGAAGGUACCCAUCUCUAAGGUUAAAUAUAAAAAUAUUAAUUUCAUCUAUCCAGAAGUGAACAUGGAUGUUUGUAUUAACGAGCGUUCAAUAUGGAUGAGGGACCAGAAAGUGCAUGACAAGAUCUACGUGUGGGCUCAAAUCUAG